AUGGCACCCCACAAGAAGCAUGUCAAUUCUUCUGGGCAGACUCUGGUUGUAAGGGCAUGCGCGUCCGGUAAGCUGGACGUCGUUAAACAAAGGCUAGAAGAAAGGCCGGAAGACCUCGAUGAGGCAGACCAUGCCAAGAACACUCCCCUCCAUGCUGCCAGCAUUGCUGGCCAUGCAGAUAUUGUCAAACUUCUGUUGGAUGCAGGUUGUAUUGUUGAUCCAGUCAACGUCGCCCGAGAUACGCCCCUACACGAUGCGAUUGAUAAUGGCCAUCUCGAGUGUGUCAAACUUCUGCUCGACGCCGGUGCCAAUCCACGGAAAGCAAAUGGCAAAGGUGAAGACCCGUAUGAUCUC